GUGGAGGAGGAGCUGCAGGAGCAGGAGUUUCUCGACCGCUGCUUCCAGGAGAUGCUGGAGGAAGAAGACCAGGACUGGUUCAUUCCAUCGCGCGACCUGCCCCAGGGCAUGGGGCAGCUGCAGCAGCAGCUGAACGGGCUCUCUGUUGGUGACGGCCACAGUUCAGAGGACAUUCUGGUAAGGGCCUCGGUGGACCUGCUGCGAG